AUGCAUCAAGAGAAGAUCGGCCGCAUGUGCAGCAGAAACAGUUGCAGCAUCAGCUUCAUCAUCACCCACGAAUCAACCCUCGGUAUUUACAACAACACCAACAUUAUCGACAACAUCAACCACAACAACAACAACCAUUCAAAAUACGAAAAAUCGGCAUCAUUCUCACUGCAUUUGCAGUCAUCGACGGAACUGGACGGAACGCUAGCAGCAGUCGGUGCAAAUCAAUUGAACAUUCCGUUCAUUAACCUUUCUGAAUCUUUUCCUUCAACGUCCAACAAUUCAUCAACAAUCACAACGGCCACAUCAUCAUUAUCUGGUCUUAGUGCAAAUAUGAUAAUGGUAUCAUCCAACAACAACCACAUCAACAACAACACCAACACCUACAUCACCAACAACACCAACAAGCUGGAAUAUAUGAUUUGCACGAGUAUCAACGAUGCCAUGACGUUGUCAUCGGCACUCCAACCGACCAGAUGCACAUUCUUCCGCUUAAUAUUUGGAGACAAGGAGUGGUUGAACUCGACGGAACGAUGCAGUUCCUGGAUCCAACCAAAUCUUGUUUGCGUGAUUAUAACUUUAAAAAAUUUUCUAAAGAACUUCCACCGAGCAAAGAUUCGUGCUCAACUUCUUGAAUCAUUGGAAGAUAACGUAAAGUGCUUCAAAGGUGUCUUGAUACGACGGAGGGCUAGUUGUUACAGAAUGGAAGAAAUGAAGGCUGGCUGUCUCAUCAUGGAGGAGAACCAACAGAAGAACCUAACGCUGCAGAGAACAUUUGUUGAAAGACUGAUAUGA